AUCAAGCAGGAGGGACCAGCCUCCCCUGUACCCAGCUGUGUGUCUAUGAAGAGUGACCGGUCUAUGGAACCUCCUAUAUAUUUUAGACAGGGAGACUUUUCUACUGAACAAAGAAACCAACAGGAGAGAUCAGAGUCAGAGAUUCUCAGUGGUCAGUCUUCACUAAGUCAUCAAACAGACCUGGCCUCUAUAUUCAGUUUGCUUGAAGAGAAUAUUAUGACAUUUGUGAAGAAUGAGCUGAAGAUGUUCAAGAGGAUUCUUAAUCCAGAACUCUCACAAGGCUUUGAGAGUCAGAAGCAGGAUAAGGAAGUGGAUGCUGAAGAUGAGAAGCAGGAGAGAAGUGCCAGAGAGGGGGCUCUGAAGAUCACACUGCACGUCCUGAGGAAAAUGAACCAGAAGGAGCUUGCAGACACACUGGAGAAAAAUGAGCUUGCUAUGAUUUGCCAAUGUGAACUCAAAUCUCAUCUAAAGAAGAAGUUUCAAUGUGUAUUUGAGGGGAUCGCUAAACAAGGAAACCCAACACUUCUCAAUAAGAUCUACACAGAGCUCUACAUCACAGAGGGUGGAACAGGAGAGGUCAAUAAUGAACAUGAGCUGAGACAGAUUGAGACAACAACCAGGAAACAAGCAAGACCAGAGACUGCAAUCAAAUGUAACGACAUCUUCAAACCCUUAACUGGACAAGACAAACCUAUCAGAACUGUGCUGACAAAGGGAGUCGCUGGCAUUGGAAAAACAGUCUCUGUGCAGAAGUUCAUUCUGGACUGGGCUGAAGGAAAAGCAAAUCAGGAUGUUCAAUUUGUAUUUUCAUUCCCUUUUCGGGAGCUGAAUUUAAUGAAAGGGGAAAACCACACUUUAAUUGAACUUCUCAAUCACUUCUCAAUGGAAACCAAAGAAUCAAGAAUCUCCAACUACAACAAGUACAAAGUUAUUUUCAUCUUUGAUGGUCUGGAUGAGUGCCGACUGCCCCUAGACUUCCAGAAGAACAAAAUAUGUUGCGACAUCACAAUGUCAACCUCAGUGGAUGUUCUGCUGACAAAUCUCAUCAAGGGAAAUCUGCUUCCCUCUGCUCUCCUCUGGAUAACCUCCCGACCUGCAGCAGCCAAUAAGAUCCCUUCAGGGUGUGUUGACCAGGUGACAGAGGUACGAGGGUUCAAUGACCCACAGAAGGAGGAGUACUUCAGGAAGAGAUUCAGUGAUGAUGACCUGGCCAGCAGAAUCAUCUCACACAUAAAGACAUCAAGGAGCCUCCACAUCAUGUGCCACAUUCCAGUCUUCUGUUGGAUUUCUGCAAUAGUCCUUGAAGACAUGUUGAAACAUAAGAGAGAAGAGAUGCCCAAGACUCUGACUGAGAUGUACACACACCUUGUGGUGUUUUAUACCAGACAGAAGAAUGAAAAGUAUCCUGGGAAAGAAGAGACAGGUCCAGAUUUGAAUAAAGAGAGCAUUCUGUCACUGGGAAAACUGGCUUUUCAACAGCUUGUGAAUGGCAAUCUGAUUUUCUAUGAAGAAGACCUGAAAGAGGCUGGCAUCGAUAUCAAUGAAGCCUCAGUGUACUCAGGAUUGUGCACACAGCUCUUUAAAGAGGAAUGUGGGCUGUACCAGGACAAGGUGUACUGCUUCGUGCAUCUGAGCAUUCAGGAGUUUCUGGCUGCUGUAUAUGUGUUCCUCUCAUUCAUUAACAACAAUGAGAAUCUAAUGGUCAAACUGCAUUCAACGAGUAGUAACUUUUCUUCGCUAUUCAGAGACCAGCUUGAAGUUGCUUUCUACAAGAGUGCUGUGGAUAAAGCUUUACAAAGUGAGAGGGGAAACCUGGACCUUUUCCUCCGCUUCCUUCUGGGCCUCUCUAUGGAGUCCAAUCAGAAGCACUUACGAGGUCUACCAACAGAGACAAGAAGCAGCUCACAGAGCCAUGAAGAAACAGUCAAGUAUAUCAAGGAGAAGAUCAGGGAGAACCCCUCUCCAGAGAUGUGCAUCAAUCUGUUCCACUGUCUGAAUGAACUGAAUGACAAUUCUCUAGUGGAGGAGAUCCAAAGCUACCUGAGCUCAGGAAGUAUCUCUAGAGCCAACCUGUCACAUGCACAGUGGUCAGCUCUGGUCUUUGUGUUGCUGACUUCAGAGAAGGAGGUGGAAGUGUUUGACCUGAAGAAAUACUCCAGAUCAGAGGAAGGUCUUCUGAGGCUGCUGCCAGUGGUCAAAGCCUCCAGAGCUGCUCUGCUGUCAGGCUGUGGAGUCAAAGAGAAAGGCUGUGCUUCUCUGGUCUCAGCUCUGAAGUCAAACCCCUCACACCUGAGAGAGCUGGAUCUUAGUAACAAUGACCUGAAGGAUUCAGGAGUGAAGUUGCUCUCUGCUGGACUGGGGAAUCCACACUGUAAACUGGAGACUCUGAGGCUGUCAGGCUGUGGAGUCACAGAGGAAGGCUGUGCUUCCCUGGUUUCAGCUCUGAAAUCAAACCCCUCACACCUGAGAGAGCUGGAUCUGAGUAACAAUGACCUGAAGGAUUCAGGAGUGGAUCUGCUCUCUGCUGGACUGGGGAAUCCCCACUGUAAACUGGAAACUCUGAGGCUGUCACGCUGUCUAGUCACAGAGGAAGGCUGUGCUUCUCUGGUCUCUGCUCUGAAGUCAAACCCCUCACACCUGAGUGAGCUGGAUCUGAGUAACAAUGACCUGAUUGAUUCAGGAGUGAUGCUCCUCUCUGCUGGACUGGGGAAUCCACACUGUAAACUGGAGACUCUGAGGCUGUCAGGCUGUCUAGUCACAGAGGAAGGCUGUGCUUCCCUGGUCUCAGCUCUGAGGUCAAACCCCUCACACCUGAGAGAACUGGACCUGAGCUACAAUCACCCAGGAGACUCAGGAGUCAGACUGCUCUCUGCUGGACUGGAGGAUCCACACUGCAGACUGGAGAAACUCAAUGUGGAACAUGGUGGAGAGCACACAAUGAAACCUGGGCUUAGAAAAUAUGCCUGUGACUUCACGCUGGACCCAAACACAGUAAACAAACUCCUCUCUCUGUCCAAGGAGAACAGAAAGGUGACAUGGAGGACAGAGGAGCAGCCGUAUCCUGAUCACCCAGAGAGAUUUGAGGACUGGCAGCAGGUGCUGUGUAGAGAGGGUCUGACUGGGCGCUGUUACUGGGAGGUAAAGUGGAGUGGGAGAGAGGCUGUUAUAGGAAUGACGUAUAAAGGAAUCAGCAGAAGAGUAGGGGGUAAGGACUGUAUUAUUGGAUUAAAGUCCUGGAGUCUGGACUGCUCUGACAACAGUUACACGGCCUGGCACAAUUAUAAUCCCACUACCAUAGACGUCCCCCCCUCCAGCUCCCACAGAGUAGCAGUGUAUCUGGACUGGCCAGCCGGCACUCUGUCCUUCUACAGAGUCUCCUCUGACACACUGACCCACCUGUACACAUUCCACACCACAUUCACUGAGCCCCUCUAUCCAGGGUUUCAUGUUUGGUUUGAUGACUCCGCAGUUCCCCUGUGUCAGGUGGUCCCUGUGUCAAACACAACAUGAUGUUUCAAUCUAAUCCUGGUCAUGUUCAGUAAGACACACUGGAGCAACAAUUGAUAUGAACUCUCUAGUCAUGAGUUAACAGUUGAUUAUUAAAUCUAAAUAUUCAAGAUUGUAAACAGGGUGGUGUGAGCCCUGGAUGCUGAUUGGCUGACAGCCAUGGAGUAUCAGACUGUAUACAACGGGUGUGACAAAACACACAUUUUUACUGCUCUAAUUUAGUUGGCAAACUGUUUAUAAUAGCAAUUUGGCACCUAGGGGGUUUGUGAAAUAUGGCCAAUAUACCAUGGCUAAAGGCUGUAUCUAGGCACUCCCCAUUGCUUCAGAAGAAUUUAGACAUGGCACACCCCCUCGGACCUCCUUGUUGCUUAAUGAAACAUCACUGAAGUUGACAGACAGAGUCAUUCAUAUAAUGAAACGCCACACUGUGUUGUAAAAACGGUUUUCAUUUAGAAAUCACUGAUCUUGUUGUUAUUGGACUUCUUGGUGUUUGUAAAUAUUGUUGUCUGUAGACUGUUUAUUUUUCAAAUUCUUGACACAACAAUCUUGUUUCUGUAUAAACUCAAUUCCACUGAAUGAAAUGUACAUGUGCCAGAUGUGACACAUUAAGGUUAAUUAACCAGAUGAAAGAAGAGAGGUGGAAAUGUUUUAAAAUUGAUCACAAUAUGACAGUACAGUAAUAGAUGGAAGAAGAGAGGUGUAAAUGUUUUAAUACUGAUCAGAAUAUGACAGUACAUUAAUAGAUGGAAGAAGAGAGGUGUAAAUGUUUUAAUACUGAUCAGAAUAUGACAGUACAGUAAUAGAUGGAAGAGAGGUGUAAAUGUUUUAAUAUUGAUCACAAUAUGACAGUACAGUAAUAGAUGGAAGAGAGGUGUAAAUGUUUUAAUAUUGAUCACAAUAUGACAGUACAGUAAUAGAUAGGAUAAAGUAAUCCCUCUCACCCCCCCUCCCCCUGAAAAGAUUUAGAUGCACUACUGUUCCACUGGAGGUCAUAAGGUGAAUGCACCAAUUUGUAAGUCGCUCUGGAUAAGAGCGUCUGCUAAAUGACUUAAAUGUAAAUGUAAAUGUAGAUGGAAGAAGAGAAGUGUAAAUGUUUUAAUACUGAUCACAAUAUGACAGUACAGUAAUAGAUGAAAGAAGAGAGGUGGAAAUGUUUUAAUAUUGAUCAGAAUGUGACAGUACAGUAAUAGAUGGAAGAAGAGAGGUGUAAAUUUUUUAAUAUUGAUCACAAUAUGACAGUACAGUAAAUGGAGUACAGUAAUAGGGGUUGUGUUCAGUACAUAGAAAUGGGUCUUAUUCAGGUGAAAAUAAAUAUUUUAUGAU